CACUGAACAUUGCACAUACACUUUUGCACUCCUGCCCUGCUUUUUGUAUUGUAGUACUUAUUGUGUUUGUAUGUUUUAUGUUCAUUUUAUGUUCACUGUAUGCACCUAUACACCAGAACAAAUUCCAGGUAGGUGUAAACCUACUUGGCAAUAAAUACAAUUCUGAUUCUGCCUUCUCAUCGGGUCCAUUGGACCUGGCUGGGUGUGAUGCGGUUAUCCUUCGGGUCCAUUCACACGUGGUGGUCGACAGGGAACCGCUGUGCUGGACCUGAAACACUUUGUGAUCUCCACAUGUUUUGAAACAGGACAUGAACAUCCUGGAGUACAGGAUACCACACCAGACAGUCGACUUCCUGUUGGAGAACUUCUCCGGACGUCCUGAGGAAGUCCAGGUUCUUGACGUGGCCUGUGGGUCUGGAUGGGUCGCUAACCUGAUGGUUGAACUGGGCUUCAAGCACUUUGUGGGCGUGGAUGGCAGUCAAGGCAUGCUGGACCAAGCCGCUAAGACCGGCCUCUACAAGGAGCUCAAACUGGCCUUACUGGGAACAGAGCCACUUCCUGCACGGACUGGUGUGUUUGAUGUGGUGAUGAUCGUCGGUGCUUUACGACCGGGUUUCGUGCCGGUCUCCGUCAUCAGGGAGCUGUGCCUCGCCGCCAAACCAGGCGGAUACGUUUGCAUGUCGAGAAACGGCUUAGAGUCGGAGUCUGGAAACGAGUACAAGGUUUCUCUGGAGGCGGAGCUGCAGCUGAUGGAGGAGGAGGGGCUCUGGAGUCAUGUGACCACCAAAGAGACGGACAGAUACAUGAUCGAUAUGUACAAAUACUGUGACGGUGUGCAGAGUGACAAGUACAGCCACGGGACCAUGUACCUCUACAGGAAGGCCCGUCAGUAGUCCUUCUGGGACCGGUCCACUCGGCUUCCUUCACUCGAUGGUGAAUGGGAGUUCUGACAAUAUGACACAAGCCUCAAGACUUACUGUAAUACACUGUGUGUUUCCUACUUCUUUAUAUUGUCAUUGCUACUAUUCUUUCUGUUGUUGCCUUGUUGCUAUACAAAUAAAAUGUGUUAUUAUUAUUAUGAAGUAAAAGUAUCAAUGCCACGGUUAAUCAAAUAAGAGUUAACGUGCCUAUUGAAGUGUCGAAGAGUCGAUCAUUAAACUCUCCUCCUCUUCGUCAGCUCUACUGAUGAACAUUCAUAAACAAAGCAAGAAUAUUAAUAACUAGAACAAUUUCACAAGAAAUGUCGAUGGUGUGGCUUCUACCGAGAGGUGUUUAUAUACAAGUAUAUUAUAAACAGUGUUGGGAGUAAUGCGUUACUGUAAUUCCACUACUUUUAGCGGUAACGAGCAUGUAACGAAGUAUUUUUUUAACUCAACUAACGCAGUUACAAUUACUGACAUUUAAACUAGUUUGUUACUCGCGUGACUCUCUUUUGUGAAAAAUGAACACUUGCAGACAAGAAGACAAGCUCGGCUACUUUAGCUGCUUCUGAUCCGACAUCGCAGGACCUUGGUGGCGCAAUGAUGGAACGUCUCGGACGUUUCACCACACAGACAGCUGCUCCUCUCAGCAGCUCCAACGUCAACAACAACGGUUCCCGUCAACCACCCUCAACUCCCGUUUUCCGGCAGGUUAACCCCGCCUCCCCUCUACUCCGCCAAUCACAGGCCCGCCCCCUCGACCAGCAUCACGGUGCCACACUGUGAUUGACAGCCACUUCCAGUGUUGCCAGGUCUGCGGUUUUCCCACGGAAUUGGGCUACUUUUGAAGUGUUGCCGCUGGUUGAAUUGUUUGUCCGCUGGUUCGGGUAGACCUAUUUUGCAUACAAAUUUCAUGAAUAUCUUUAAAUAAAAAUCCAUAUUUUAAAUGAAAUAAUUUAUUUCUACCCAAAUCCUACCAAACUGACUCCAGAUCAGCACGUACACGCUGACACAUCGGCGCACACAGGUGAGCACCCCCCCCCCUCAAUUAUAUGCAGCACCUCAAGGCACCUUUGUUUUCUCUUUUAAUUAGUGUUAAUACUGUAGGCCAAUCACUUUUAUUUCAUUGGGCCUAAUGUGGUAAAAAAAACACUGUUAAAUGACAGACAGUUAUUUUGUAUUAAGUUAAGUAUUAAAAGGGACUUUUGUACGACUGCUUGAUUUGAAGGCCUGUUGCCCUGUUGAUUGCAAUAAAUAGGUCUACAACAUA